AUGUCGGGCCGCGAAGCGCGCCGUGUCGGGGGCGCCCGCAGAGCUCGCGUGCGUCGUGCGCCGGGAAUUGGCGUGAACCGGAAGGUGCACCACCAGGGUCGGGGCAAUAGCGAGUGGAUUGAGUGCGUUGCGAUGUGCGCAAGCAGCGGUGGCGCGCCCGUGGAGACACUAGGUGACGGAAUGCUACGGGUUGCUGUCGCGUGGAUGGCGUACGUGACAUGCGCACCGACGACGUCUGUGGCGACACUCGCGGCAGACGAAGCAACCGUGGGGUCCUGGGAAAAUAAGUGCUUGCAAGAUGCCGUAGCGCGUAUGCAGCGCGGUCGUUGGCGCCGAGAAGCAUUGCGAUUCUUUUCGAGAGAGUGCCCCAACAAUGCAUUGUCGGGUGCGGGCGGAGUGGACCCCGUACCAAAACAGAACGUGGACGCGGUCCAGCGGUGGCUGUGCCAGCAGAAGGCUUUCGCGUGGGUCUACGAGGCAGAAAAAGUCGCGGAUCUUCUGGAGGAGGGAGCCCGUUUGAGGUGGCGACUUGGUGAUGCGAAUGGCCGCUGCGUCGGGUCUGCCGUUUGGCUGUCCGAAGGACAUGUAGUUCGCGUCGCUCAUGGGCACGGCGUACUGAGCGGGAUGGAAGGUGACCCUGUGCGGGCCCCGUGGCGACGUUCCGCGGCUGGCGCCAGUCGUGGCGGCAAGAAUGGGGCGCUGGCGGCAGGCAAUAGCGCGAGCGCGAGUACUGGGCUGCAGCAUGACGGUUGCCCUGUCGUCAUGGGUGACGGAUGCUUUUCCGAGAGAGUUCGGGCACUCGUUAACCGUCGGUAUCGAAAGAUGCUCACCAGCGGCCAGGGCGGCGCUUGUGGAAUUAAUGCGUUGUUCGGCACGGCCAGCCCAGAUGGCCUGCGGCACGCCGAUGCGAGAGGUUUCUUGCGACGGACGCUCGGCGAGACUGCAGAAGAAGUGCGCCGAAAUUGCCGCAAUGCUCGAGCGCUUGAUGAGCUGAUGAACUCGGCGUGGAAGCAUGUGAUCAAGCCGCAGGCGGAACAGCAUGCUGGUCUGAACGAUCGGAAUCUGGGCAUGCUGGCGGAAGAAAAGAGAUUGUGGGAGAAAAUAAAGGGGAACCGCCAUGUCAUGAAUGCCUGUGUGUGCGCCGUGAAGCAAGAGAGUGAAGCGUUGUCGGUCUUCGAGCAGAAGCGACGCGAAGUUGCAAGUGCGCUGAGAAACUUAUGCGGGAACGACAUGAAAGAUGUUUUUCUGCGCCCGCUGCUGACUCACAUGGGCAUUCUUGACGACUACGAAUGCAUAGGCAAUGACGGGCAAUGGAAGAUCGACGUCGCUGGCACAGACACAGAGCUCGGGCAGCAUUACCGCCGCGGCAUCGUGGAGUACUGCGGAAUGAACAACGUGGACGCUUUUCUGUCGCACGUAAAUAACACGGUGGCCGAUCUGCAGGACGCGAACGUAGACAGAGCAUUCGGCGCUGGAGUUGGUGACUUCGUAGAGUUAGUGAAGGAGGCCCGCGUGCACGCGCCCGUCGUCGACGCCGGGGAGUCUGUCUUGGUGCAAGAGCCAUUCGAGGACUUCUUCACUCUUGUGUACCCUUGUUAUUUGGAGGCCGUAUGCUCGGAUGGGUAUUAUUUGAGUGAUUUAGAGCUGAUGUUGGUGUGCGAGUGUGCAGGUAUGAACGCGGUAAUAGCGCGGGAGGUUUGGGAGGAGCGUGGGCUUCGUCGCCCAGCCUUUCAGCUGCACAAGUAUGUCUUGCCUGACGCCGACUCGGCGCACAUCACUCUUAUUGGUAUAAACGCUGAUCUGGGGAGGAGCGCUGUGCGAGGACAUUACGAGCGUUUGGAAUGCUUGUCGAGAGCUGUGCCCCCGUCGCCAGGUCCGCCGACUCCGCGUGCGAGGGCGAAGGAGUUGGAAACCAAGAGCGGACUGCCUGAUGAAUCUGACAUCGUGGAGGGCAACGCUGAUAUGAACCACGGAGGAUUGGGCGCGCACAAAGAAACGUCGGCGAAGCCUCGUCGCGGCAUCGGUCCGAUUGCGACGGUCGGUGGCGGUGUCCAGGGAGGAACAAGGGAGGGGCAUCGAACGAAUUUGGGCCAGGCUGGCGGCGGUCAGAGAGCGGGCAAGGAAGGCGGUGACAGCGCGACAGGGACUUUUUGCUCGGCGACGACCGACGCGAGUCGUCCGCAAGCUUUGCGUGCCCAGUACGUUGCGUGCUCGGGCUCGUCAAGCGUUGGUGAAGCAGCGGCAUUGGAGCGCGGCGUGGUCGGCCUGGAGGGACCUUCGUCGGUGGCGUCGCAGGAGAAGCGUCCUGGGGGGCUGGUCAUGCAUGGCGUCGCCGCCCGAAAAGGUCGUGCUCCGGCGCUGCACAUCCUACCCUGUGAUCUCGUGGCACCAGUGCGGGUCGUCAGGGAGUCGGAUAUCCGCGCACUGCGUUUGUUGCUGAGUCCGUGCGAAAAGCCGGAUGCGUGGGACGUUCCCGGACUGGAGUUCGUGCCGGGAGAGCUGCGCGCUCAUCUCUGGAAAGCGUGGGGCGACACGGAAUCGCUCCUGCGAGUCAUGCAAGAAACGUGGGUGCGUGCCUGGCAGGGAUGGGAGGAGUCAUGGGGCGCUCUGGCAGACGCCCCCGACGCAGAGGAUAGGUGCCGCGUCGUGGAAGAACGAACGUGCAAGUUUAUGGAAUUCUUGAUGGGGGAAAUGGUGUUCGAGGCGAAGACGGACGAGGAACGCGGAGCAGAAAUGACACGAGAUGGCCGCUGUGUGGGUGCAUCGCUUGCACACGGGGUCAACGCUAGCCUAGCGGACAGUAUAUUCCAGCUUGUGUCGAACGCCGGGUGGUGUGGCCAUGCCCUGGCGUCCGCUGAGGAGCGCCGCGUCGCAUGUGAAGCGUGCGUGCGGUAUUUGCGGAACGUCGAGGAUGCGUGGUUGAAUCUGGCAUCGCACGGUGGAGAGCUGAGCGUUGCCGCUCAUGCAGGCGAGAUCGUGAGGUUUGCGUUGGCCCGCCACGGCAUGCAAGGAGUAGCGCUGCCAGACCGCGUUAUCCUGCGCACGUACUCCCGCUUUGACGGGCACGUUGGGCCACGCGGGGGGUAUGACAUGACGUUGUCCCGAGAGGAGAUCCAGGGGGGCGGCCCGGUGCUGGGCCAAUGGUCACGUGAGGGCGAUGUCACCGAGGAGGAAGGGGCAGUAAUCCUUGAAAUAUACAACGAGACAGGCGCGGACAUCAGCAGUACCUGGUACAGGCCAGUGUGGGCGCGCGCCGAGAACGAUUCCCGCGGGAAGUCGCCUUCCCAGGGGGCAGAAGAACCUUCGGAGGUGGCUGGGCCAGAGACAGGGCAGCACGAGAGCGCAGGAUUGCUAACGACGGCGCGGCCGAGUAGUGCAGGGGCGGACGCCAGUGCGGGCGGUGCGGGCAGGAGCGGAACGGAGCAGAGCACGGGCCAGGUGGUGGAGAAGGACUACACGGAGGCAGCGGGAGCAGCGCACGUGCACCGCGUCCGCGCCGUCGAGAACGGCCGCGUGUCCGCGGACGGUUGUCGCAGGGCUAGAGAAGAAGGUCUACAGGCGGCCGCGGAGCUUAUGAAAGAGCACCCCACCGUGCCAGCGGUCUCCGUGCACGGAGCACCGUUGGAAGACGACGCCAUCUUCUCACGAGGUGCCGUAGUGCUGCCGCAAGCACACUGCGCUUUCAGCAGAUGCGGGUGGAGAGGGUCCAGCAACGAUGAGCUCCAGGAGCAUGUGGUAAGCAAUCACGCGGGGGAUCUACGGGACGUCGCGGAGGCGCUCGCAUGCAACGAAGAAGACGAGACGAGGCGAAGAGAGGCACAGUACUGGUCCGCGUACAACGAGGCCAUUGCAUGGAAAGUUCGGACGGGCGCGCCGCUUGCAGCACUGGCGAUCGAUCGUCGAUGUCUGUUCGAGUAUGCGCGGAGUCUGCGCGAGGGUGCCGUCGACUCUCUCGUGUGCAUGGUGUGCGCACGGAAGUUUCCGCACGUGGAAGGGCGCAGAGGGAACCCGAUCGAAUGGCGCGCGGUGAGUCCCAACGCGGACGGACUGUUCGGGCUGUCAGGCGCGUUCGUGAGGGAGCAUAUGUCGGUGGACGCGUACGUGGAGCGGUUCGGCAAUGUGAGUGCCGUCGGGGAGGGGAGCAGCGGUGUUCAUCUCCGAGAUCGAAUGGAGGAGUUUAAUGAUUGGCAAGUGACGGUUCCAUCAGAAGAGGGGCCCGUCCGCGUGCUCUGUUGCCCCGAGGACAUGCGGUGCGUCAGUGGCACGUGGCACUCGGAGAACACGGCGUGCAGAUGUUGUGAAGCCCCGCUGUGCGGGGAGUGUAAGAACGCGAUGGUGGGCGUUCGCGGCGAGGCGAACGCUGUGGUGUGUGAGAAGAGCAGUUUCGACGAGGGAGACAUCAAUGCGCAGCGGAUUGAGGCCGUGCGGACCUUCGUGCAACGGCUAGAUGAGGAGUGCGCGCAUGGCGGGGCCGACAGCACGUCGAACUCCAGCGAAGACGAGGAAGGCGGCGGAAAGGCAGAACGGACAGGGAAACGCGGCCGCGUCCGCGAGGGCACGGCCUCGAGCGCGGACGAAGCGGCGCGAGAAGCAGUGGAGCGCGACAUGCUGAUGCAGGCCGGGCGCGAAAGGACGUGGUUCACGUAUGUGUCAGCGAACGCAUCAGGCGAGGUCGAACAGCUCACUCCCGCGGAAAUCGCGGAAGGAGCGAAGCAGAUUUAUCGCGCGCUCGACGGGAAGUACGUAGACAUCAACAAUAGGAAACAGAAAGUAAACGGCGACAUGACCAAAGUGCGGCACGUGCCAGGGUUGGGGAAAGCCGCCCAUAAGCUGCUGACGCACAUAGAGCACACUUCGCGGCGACUGUCUGGGACGCAGGAAGCGCGUCGAGUCAUGCGAUUUGAGACGAACGCGCUGCGAGUGCGGUACGGCGUCCCCAUAUUCGUAACCUUCUCGCCCGACGAAGGUCACAAUCUGCUCAUGGUGAGACUCUCGCGCACUCGCCGGCAGGACCCCGUGCACAAGGCAGCUGAUGAUGAAGCGCACUCGCGGCUGGCGGGGAGUCGGGGCUGGCCGCGCGUAGCCCCCGACAUGGAUGGGCUGCACAUGGACCUGCCGAUGACCACGGGGGAGGCAGGAGUGCCGCCAUGGAACGAGCGCAGACGAAUUCUUGCGAGAGAUCCCAUGGCCAGCGUGGACGGCUUCCGUAUCCUGGUGCGGCCGGAUCUGCCGCAGCAGAAGAUGGCAUGGCUCCAACGCCACGACAAGGAGAGCGGGGACUUGUACGGUUUCUUGCCCAUCGCUGAAGGCAUGCCCGUCGCUCUGACCGAUCAUAUCGAUCGAAGCGAGGACAAAAACCUGCUGCGCGGUCGCGUGGGCCGGGUGCAAUCCUGGGUAUGCGACGGGGACGCCGUCAAUGAUCGAGUCACGCGCGGCGGGGAGACCAUAUUGAAGAAGACUCCGAAAGUGAUCUUCGUGUUGUUCGACGAAGGCGAAGACGGGAACGGCGGCAGGAAGCCAUGCCAGUGGACGAUCGAGGGAUUGAAGACGCCCGGGUUGUACCCCGUGAUUCCGCAGAAGAAGGAUUGGUGCGCGGUCUGCGGGUGCACGAAGUACAAGAACAUGUGCCCAACGGUCGGGCAGUGGAGCCGCGCAGAUGGGCUCCGCGUGUGCAGCGUGUGCCUGGAAGAUAAGAAGAGGCGAAAGUGUUAUGUGUGCGAGAAGAGCAAGUACGAGGAAGGAUUCGGGGCGACUCAGUGGGACAAGGCAGGGAAUGCCCGAUGCAAAGGAGGAAUGUGCCUGGACUGCGAAGAGGCGAAGAAGCAUCUGAAGUGUUCGCGCUGCGGCGAGCAGAAGUUACUAGAUCAAUUUGCCAAAGCGGAAACUGUUAUCAACGAGGAACCCACAUGCAAGGCGUGUAAGAGGUUGCAGAGAGAGGAGGAGAAGGCCCGUGCCGAAGAGGCAAAAGAGCGCGUGUGUUCCAAGUGCGGAACCCCAAAAAGGAGAGCCGAGUUUUCAGAGCACAUGUUGGUUAACGCGCCGGUAGCAUCGAUGCAAUGUAGGGAAUGCGUAAACGCUGCAGCAGCAGGGCGGGACAAGGCGGCGAGGAAGGACAUUAAAACUUGCGUGGUGUGCAGGGUGGGGCAGCGGCAAGAGUUUUUUUCAGAAUGGAUGCGGGGCGGCGUGGCUGAUCUGCAUCGUAAGUGCAAGCAGUGCGUCGCUGCAGGGAGGAAGGAAGAGAGAACUUGUGUAGUGUGCGAGAAGGCGCAACAGAAAACAUGUUAUUCCGAUUGGAUGUGGGACGGCGUGGCAAAUCUUCACCGCAAGUGCAAGCGCUGCAUCGGCGGUGCGAAGAUGCAGCGCGGAAAGUGGACAUGCGUAGAAUGCAAAGGCGCUUUCGGGAAAGAGGAGUACAGCAGCUGGUUGGCCGAGCGGACUUCGCAGAAGGCGAAUGGAAAGCAAAG